GAUCUUUAGUUGGUAAGACGCAACGACAGACAUUCAAACAAGUCUUCUACUACCCUUAAUAAAUAGUGAUUGACCAUCGAUGAUUCGAGUAGAUGCAGGAGUGUACAUCGGGGCGGCAUCUGACCUUAACGAUGCCCAGGAUCUGAUUAAUGCUGGCAUCACCCACAUACUCACUGUGGACUCAGAGCAGCCAGCUGUACCUGAUGAGUCAUUUAGGAUGAAGUAUAUCCAUGCCCUGGACGAAUCUAAAACAGACCUACUUAGCCACUUUGACGACUGCAUAAGCUUCAUAUGUGAUGCUAGUGAGGAAUCAAAAGCUGUCCUUGUGCAUUGUCACGUUGGGCAAAGUCGGAGUGCAGCGGUGGUGACUGCUUACCUGAUGAAAUGUCACAAAAUGAAUUUUGUGGAUGCAUGCGCCAAACUUCAGCAGCUUAAACCUGAUGUAAAGAUGAAUGAGGGGUUUGUGGAUCAGUUAGCACUGUAUGAGUCAUUGGGUUGUGAAGUAGAUGUCACCAGCCCCCAGUACAAGGAGUAUAGACUUCUUAAACUCACGGAGAAAUACCCAGAGCUUCGGAAUGUUCCCAAGGAGAUGUUUGCUGCGGAUCCCUCCUUAAGUACCUGUUCUGAAGUGGCGUACAGGUGUAAAAUGUGUCGACGGACAUUAUUUAAUGGUUCCAGUAUCCUUAGUCACCCAGUUGGCCAUGGGCCAACUGCAUUUGGCCAUAAGAAGUUGAGUAAUCAACAGAGGGGGUACGAAACCCAGUGUACCUCCUACUUUACUGAACCAGUCCAGUGGAUGGAACAAGCCUUUUUGGGGGUGAUGAAUGGACAGCUCCUGUGCCCUAAGUGUAGCUCCAAGCUGGGAUCGUUUAACUGGUGUGGGGAGCAGUGUUCCUGUGGUCGAUGGGUGACUCCUGCUUUUCAGAUGCAUAAAAACAGAGUGGAUGUCAAACACAUUAGUAUAGCUACUUUCAAAUCAUGAAAAUAUACAAUUGGAUAAAAUUAUUUCCUAAAAAUAAUAAAAUUAAUAUUUC